ACCAGUGAACGCUUCUGCACCUUGGAGCGCAAACUUCAGUCUCCGUCAUGCAUCUGCCGCAGCAGCCUGGAGCCAGGACGGCCCGAGGGGAGCGCACCGACGAUGACUCACCUGUCCAGAGCCUGGAUGGAAGCAGUGAGCCAGAGAAGAUUGUAAUUGAUGACAGACACCCAGACAGCAUGGAGAGCAGCGCUCAGCUCGUCUAUUCCAUCAACGACAGACCCCCGUGGUACCUCUGCAUCCUGCUCGGCUUCCAGCAUUACAUCCUGGCAUUCGGGGGCAUCGUCGCCAUCCCACUAAUCCUGGCUGAGCCAAUAUGCAUUGGGAACAACUAUGAGGCCAAAAGCCAGCUGAUCUCCACUAUAUUCUUUGUGUCUGGGAUGUGCACUUUGCUUCAGACCACAGUUGGUACAAGACUGCCAAUUCUCCAGGGGGGCACAUUCAGCUUCAUCACGCCCACACUAGCCAUCCUUGCGUUGCCCAAGUGGAGGUGCCCUGACCCGAGCAGCCUCCUGCUCGCCAACAUCACUGGAGCCAAACUUGGUGACAGAGACGAAGUCUGGAAAUCCCGCAUGCGUGAGAUACAAGGCGCUAUCCUCGUGGCAUCUCUGCUCCAGUUAGUGCUCGGCAUCUCCGGUCUCAUUGGCCUCAUGCUCAAGUGCAUCGGGCCCCUAGCCAUUGCGCCAACCAUAAACCUCAUCGGUCUGUCUCUCUUCAUAGAGGCGGGGAAGAAGUCUGGAGCGCACUGGGGGAUCGCCUCUCUGACUGUGUGUCUCAUCCUGCUUUUCUCCCAGUAUCUGAGCAAGGUCAAUGUGCCAUUAAUUGGCUACAAAGACAAGAAGUGGAGUGUUUUUCAGUACCCUCUCUUCAAACUUUUCUCGGCUUUGUUUGGAAUGUGUGGAUCUUGGCUCAUCUGCUUCCUCCUCACAUAUCUCAACGCCCUUCCCUCAAGGCCAGAGCAGUAUGGAUUUUCAGCCCGGACAGACAUCAACCUAGAUGCGGUCACCACCGCCCCCUGGUUCCAUGUUCCAUACCCUGGACAGUGGGGUCUCCCCACCGUGAGUGUGUCCUCUGUCCUGGGCAUGAUGGCUGGGGUGCUUGCAUCCACCAUGGAAUCCAUUGGAGAUUAUUAUGCCUGUGCACGCCUUUCUGGAGCCCCCCCUCCACCGACCCAUGCCAUCAACCGCGGCAUUGCCGUGGAGGGCAUUGGCUGCAUCCUGGCCGCCAUUUGGGGCAGUGGUAACGGGACGACGUCCUACAGCCAAAACAUCGCUGCACUCGGCAUCACCAAGGUUGGCAGCAGACUGGUACUUCAGACAGCUGGCCUUCUGAUGAUUGUUCUUGGGUUAUUUGGGAAAUUUGGUGCUAUUUUUAUCACUAUUCCAGAACCGGUCAUUGGUGGUAUGUUCCUGGUCAUGUUUGGAAUGAUUGCAGCUGUUGGAAUAUCUAACCUUCAGUACGUGGACUUGAAUUCAUCAAGGAAUUUAUUAAUCCUGGGCUUUUCAACCUUCAGUGGUCUUGUGUUGCCAGCCUGGUUUCAUUCAAAUCCAGGCAUCAUUAAUACAGGACUCAAAGAACUGGAUCAAGUUAUAACAGUUCUCUUCACCACCCACAUGUUCAUUGGUGGAUUCUUUGGAUUUGUGUUGGAUAAUACAAUUCCAGGAACUGAACAAGAGAGAGGCCUUAAAAACUGGCGUGAGGAAGUGCAUCGUGAGCUAAAUGGUGGUGACAGAGACCUGUCUUGUUAUGACCUCCCCUUUUGCAACGAUUUGCUCCACAGGUUCCAUUUUUCUCAGUAUUUACCUUUUCUACAGACAUUCAAGAUAUCUGAUGAGACAACACAGAGGUGA